AUGAAACCCAGACUUUGUUUUAAUUUCAGGCGAAGGUCCAUUUCUCCAUGUUAUUUAUCAAAUAUCCUACUAUCUUCCCGUUUGUAA